CUCAAUAAAAACUACUCGAAGUUUUCACAGACUUGUCUUUUGUCUUUUUCUCUUCAUUUAACUUUUUGCUAUCAAAACAAUGCCUACAGAGCUGCGUGACUAUAUCAACUCCUUCAACAAGAACAUCAUCCAAGAGUUGAGAAGCCAAAUCUUUCAAUCUCAAGAGUUUGAUCAAGAAUAUAGCCACAAAGAUUCCCAUGAUUACGAUUGGGUCCGAUUUACUAUUUGUGCUUUACUAAGAGAGUACGGGUCUGGCAGCUUGGAGGAGGAGCAUAGCGAAGCUUGGUAUAUGGCCCAUGUCUGGCAUUUUAUUGAUACAGUGUUCAACGGUGAAGACAAAAUCACUGUUUUGAGAGGGGAAACCAGCAGUAGCAGCUCCAGCAAAAGAAAGAAUAAAGAUAGAUCAAUCGCAGCAGUAGAACCACUAGAAAGAAAGAAGAUAGGAAAAAAAUGCGAUAUGAUCUUUGCCAAGAAAUCCUGCAGUCAUGACGAAGUAGAAGAAUAUGGUGCCUCGGAGGCUGGAAAAGCACAUGAUGGAGACCAGGCUACAAAACGUCUUGAAGAGGGCUAUGUUAAGCUGCCUGUUGUGAUUGUAGUAGCCUUUAUAAUCAACUUUUUUUCCAAAACUAAAACUGAAUUUUCCAAAGAUGAGUGCAAAAUGGAUCCUUAUUUAUAUCUUGUGGAGAACGGGUUACUUCGCGACAGGAACAGAGUGAAGAUAUCUUGAAAGAAGAAUAUUUUCCCAUAGAAUAAUUAAAAUUAUUGUGUUAGAGCUCUAGUCUUUGCCCUGACUGAGAAUUAAUCUCAGUUAACUCUAAUAAAUAU